GAAGUUUCAAAAUGCAUCCUCAUUUAUGGACCAAAGAUAAUUCUGCAGCUUGCGAAGAAGUCAUGGCAGCUUUGGAUGAAUGCCAUGCCAGAGGAUUCCUGUGGAAAUGUAUGGGAAUGUGCAACGAUAAAAAGACAGCAGUGAACAAGUGUCUAAGGGCGCAACGACUAGCACGAACAGCGGCGAACCGAGAAGCCGCAAAGGUCAAGAACGAGAAAAUCAAAGCGAAAUGGGCAGAGAUAGAUGAGGCUUCAUAAGGGUAUAAGUCAGAUUUUACAGAUACA